CUAUUGCUCCCACUGAUACCAAUGAUGGGACACUAUUCCUCCCACUGACACCAAUGAUGGGACACUGUUCCUCCCACUGACACCAAUGAUGGGGUGCUAUUUCUCCCACUGACACCAAUGAUGGGGCACGAUUCCUCACUCUGACACCAAUGAUGGGACACUAUUGCUCCCACUGAUACCAAUGAUACCAUUCCUCCCACUGAUGGGGCACGAUUCUUCCCACUGACACCAAUGAUGGGGCACUAUUUCUCCCACUGACACUGAUGGAGUACUAUUCCUCCCACUGACACUAAUGAUGGGACACUAUUCCUCACACAUUGACACUACUGAUGGGGCACCAUCAUUGGUGUCAGUGGGAGGAAUAGUGUCCCAUCAUUGGUGUCAGUGGGGAAUAGUGCCCCAUCAUUGGUGUCAGAGCGAGGAAUCGUGCCCCAUCCCCAUCAUUGGUGUCAGUGGCGAGGAAUCGUGCCCCAUCAUUAGUGUCAGUGGGAGAAUAGCACCCCAUCAUUGGAAUACCAUACUGAAAUACCAUACCAUAUUGAAAUCAAAUCUGAUG